GGAGGGAACCCAUGCAAGCUGGGUAUGCAAAUAAUGAUUAGUAUACAAUAUAUGUGCACGUACGCGUCUAUAUGCCAGGUCCCAUGGCCACAGAUCCUCCUUCUCCCUCCCUGCCCCCCCUUGCACCCUGUAUGCCAACUGUCCGCUACUACGACCCCCACACCUCCGCAACCUCCCCCCUCUUCCCCUCCAUCCGUCUCCCCGUCCACUCGUCCUCCCCGACCCUCCCCGCCCAGUCCUCGUCCCACUCCCACUCCCUGCCACCCUGCGCGCGCCCAGCGCCCAGCCCCUGCGCACUGCGUCCCUUCCCCGCGCGUCCCUUCCCCGCCGCGCCACGUUCGCCCAUCGCGACGACGUCGGGCGAGUUCAGCGCCGGCGGGAACGGCGAGCGCGGGAGCAGCGGCGGGGGCGGCGAGCGGCGCUUGCGCGACACGCCGGGUCCGAGGAGCGUGCGCGGGACAGAGGCCGUGUGGCCGUGGCUGUGGCUGGAGGUGGGGACCGGGGAGAGGCUGGAGCGGCGCGCGGGGCCGGCGAAGAAGCUCUGGAUGGAGGUGGGCGAGCUCGGGGCAGAGGGCGGCGGCGGGUAGGCGUGCAGCGCGGCGAUGCUGUCCGUCGCGCGCGGGGUGGGGGACCCCAAUGCGGAUGCGGACCCCGAGCCGGAGCCGGAUGCGGAGCCGGGGCGGGACUUGCGCUCGCCGUCGUUCGACGGGCGGCGGUUGACCUUGACGUCUGCGGAGUGCGAGCGGGAGCGCGGGCGCGGGCGGCGCUGGGCCUC